AUGGAAGAUUUAGACACAAAAUAUCGAAUCCCACUCGAGAUGAUCAUCAAAAUAAUAUCAAACUUAAGCUCCAUCAAUGACCUGAAGAAUUGCAUGCUGCUGUGCAAAGACAUCCGUGAUUUAAUGCUUAAAACACCUGAAAUAAUGAGGAAAAUUGUCAUUAAGGCUCAAAUAAGCCACGAUGUUCAAGAUAAAGUAAACUUUUUCGAAACUACAACAAAAUUUAUUCGUAAAAUUGACUUAAAUUUUAAAUCAGUUGAAAAUUUUGAAGGAUUUAAGUCAAUUUUGUGUCAAAUGGUGAAUUUGGAGGAACUAAAAUUUGAAUUAAACGGUAAAGUUGAAGUUAAGCACAAUGAGCCAUUUGAGUUGCCUCAAUUAAAGGUUUUAGAUGUGAACCUUAAAGAUCUGGAAGUGCUGACCAGGAAUAUUAAAAACUUAAAGAAUUUACACAAAUUGACAGUGACUUGCGAAUAUUUUUACAACAAUUUCAAUGAAAUUUUGCAAACUUUUGUGAAUUUAUUGCAUCAACAAGAAAGUUUAAAGGAACUGAGGAUUAAUGCCCAUGAUUAUCGACCAUUUGUGUUCCCAGAUCAGCAAGUUAAUGAGUCUAUGAAGUUCCAGCUGACAAAGUUGACAUUUUAUGGCAAAUGCACUGGAAGUGAAAAUUUCAAUAAUUUCUUCAAGCCACAAGCUGAAAACUUAAAGGAACUAGUGUUGAUGUGUCCGGACGACAAUGGAAGUUUAAAUGCUAAAUUUGGAAAUUAUAAAAAUCUUAAAAAAUUGACGCUUGAUGCUGCAAUUGACUUGAGUGUUCCUGCUGAUGAAAAUCGUCCCUGGAAGUUGGAUUCGGUUAAGAUUUUUAAGGUUUUUUAUGAAUCUCGUUUAAUUUACAGGACAUAUACAGCAGCAAAUAGACAAACUAAUAUAAAUGACGUAGUCACAAGAUUCCCAAAUGUUGAGGAAGUCCACUGCGAAAAAGUCAUGAAUUCCGAUGGCAUUUUCGACAAAAUCACUAAACUCGACAUAAGCUACAUUAAUUGCUGUGAAUUUACCAAGAUAAAAUUUCCUAACCUUAAAAAAUUGACCGUUUCACUUAUUUUUGAAAUUAAAAGUGAAUUAGAAUUUAAAAAUUUCGCAAAAACCGUUGAAAAUGUUAAAAUUUUUCGUCUCGGAUUUUCCAUUAAUGAAAUUAUUUUGAAAAAUUUACAACUUUUUAAAAAUUUGAAAUUAUUUUAUUUUCAUUUUGACAAUAAUUUGCAUCUUUUGAUUGAUUUUGAGAAGAAAAUUGUAAAAUUUUGGUCAUGUAUUGAAAUUAAAAUUUUAAAUGUUUUAAUUCUAUAUUUUGAAGGUUUUAAGCUGCUGGAAAUUUACAAAGAAAAUGGACACAAAGUUGACAAGCGUUGGGAGUUUUCUGUUGGGCAAUCACAUCCGUUAUUGCAAUUUUAA